AUGUCUCUCGUUUCCACGGUUAAUGAUGCAGAGCGAACCGAUCUUUUAAAUUCUUCUGGCAACCGUAAUGGUCCAGUGGUAGAAACUGUGACUACUACUGCUGUUGAAGAGAAACCUAUCACUACCAAAUCUGUCAGAGGUUUUUCCGUCUAUCACAAAGGUGGAGGUGCUCAACUCAGUAAGGAAGCUCUCUAUAGAGCAAAGGUUAAAUAUGGUAUUUACCAAUCUCCAGCCAGGUCUUUUUCGACAGGGGUUGCUGAACCCAAGGUUGCCUCAGAUGUUGCUGCUAAUUUAGCUAAUGACAACAAGACUACCAUUGAGGCUUACAAGAGACUUUUCGUGGACCCCAAUGCUAAUACUGCAGCUAGAAGAUCAAUUGUUAAUGGGGGUCCUCGUGUGGAAGACGUCGUCAUUCCGGAAUCUCAUUAUGGUUCUCACCAAGCUGCUACCAGAGCUUAUUCGGUUGCAUCUGUUGCUACUGAUGAGAAUGCUAGACGCUUGCAGAGUCCACAAUCACCCCCUGCUACCAGAGCUCACUCUUUGAAAUCUGCAAACAAGGCAUUUUACAACACAAAGCUUCCAGAACAAGUGGAAGUUGUUCCAAAGCAGGUAGGUAAGAAACCAAUGGAUAUGUCCAAAAUUCUAAGCAGUGCAGAAAACCGCGCUCAACACCGUGUUACUGACAGAUGGGACCCAGUUAAGGCAGAUCACGGUAUCCGUACUAGUACUCAAAACUUAAACAGGGUUCGUUCUACAAGUCUCACAGGACCUAUCUAUAAGGAAAGAAAGGGUGUUAAGGAACCAUCCUCCAAGGAUGCUUCUGCAACUCAAGGUGAUCGCGGUAAUUAUGCUCAAUGGGCUGCUUUUGCGGUAAGGGAUAUGGAUCCUACAGCUCUAACAAACAAGGAAUUUGAAGAAAGAGAAAGAGCAAAACGUGAAUUGUUAUCUCAAAUCACUUCCCAGCAAGUUUUGGCUAAGGCUAGAGAAAAUGCCGACAAGCAAUUAGACGCCAUUGAUGCUAAUGACGUUCACCGUGUUCUAUUUGGUAAUGAUGCUUACAACAGAGCCGCUAUUGAAAUUGCUCAGAGGAACGCUCAAAGACAAGCUGGGGAAACUGAUGUUAACGAAGGUAAGAUCAACAUCGGUGGUGGAUUAUGGCUAUCACCUGAUGAUGUGCACACCAUUGCUAGGGAAAUGGUUGAUCCAGUUUUGGGUGAAGUUCAUCAAAGAGCUGACGACCAACGUGCAACUGAUGUUGACAUUAAGGAGCGUAACGAUUAUGUAACAAAUGAAUGGAACGCUUGGACCGCUAUGCACCAAACCAAAGAAAAUAACAAUGAAGCACUUUUGGUCAAUUCCCAGAAUAAGCGUACCAGAGAGGCAGAUUCUGCAAGAAGUGAAGCUGAGAAGAGUUUCACCGAAUUAUGUGACAGAAUGGAUAAGCAGGUUGCUGAAAGAAAUGACUUGUUAAAUCAAACCAAGCAAGCAAGAGAACAACUUGAGAGGGAAACUGAAGAAAAAUUGGCCCAAAACAAGGAGGAUAACAAGACAGCUCUCAGAGAUCUCAAGGGUCAACAUGCAAAGGAAUUGGAAGAAGCUCGUGAAGAGCAAAGACGGUUGGUACAACCAUACGAAGAGCGUUUGGAGGAAGUCAACCGUGAGCACGAAAGUUUGGUUCAAGAACGUACUGCAAUUAAUGAAGAAAUUGCCAGAUUGCAUGAAUCCAUCAAAGAGCACCAAUAUCAAAUUUCAAAAUAUGAAAGAGAAAUUAAAUCUCAUGAAGAACAAAACGCUAGUGCUGAAGAAGAACUAAAGAAAUUAGAGACCGAUAGAGAAGGUAUUCAAAGCCAUUACAACGAUAAUGUAGUUGUCAAUGCUAACAAGGCCAAGGAGCAAGCACUCUUAUCGAGUGAAGAAGCAAGACUACAGAAUUUGAAGGUCGAUGCUAUCAUUAAUGAAAGAAAGACCGAAUUAAACCGUACCGAGCAAGAACUUCAACGUGAAAAACUAAACAUGUUAGAAGCUAUGCGUAAGACCGCAGAGGCACGCGGUGAUGAAAACAUCGAUGAAGAACGUGUCAAGCAAUUGAUUGGCAUGACUUCUACAGAAUACGUUGAAGAACAAAAAAAGUUACAAAAAGCAGCAGGGAAAGCCGAAAAACCAAAGGCUUCUACUGCCGAUAAGGGACAAGCCCUUGAUAAGGCUUUAGCUCAUGAUCAAGGUGAUCAGGAAGCAAACACUAAAGACUUCAAAGAAGGAGCCGAAACAAAGGCAAAGGAAUCUAAAGGAAAACCUUCCCAGUCAGUGGCUAAGGCAAUUGCUACAUCUCCAACAAAGACGGAGGCCAAAGCCGAACCUUCUACUUCAAAGGGUAAAUCCAACGGUGUUGGAACCCAUCCUGAUAACGCUUCGGGUAUUUCUCAGAUUUCUGAUACGCUUGAGAAUGGCAAACACCUUUCCGAAGAAGAUUUAAAAGAGCUCGCUGAAGAUGCAGAGCAAAGAGUCAGUGGAGAACCUCAACCAAGUUACUUCAAAGAGGUCUUUUAA